CUGUUGCAUUAGCCGGUUGCGUGGCUAACAUUUCGUGCGGAAAAUCGUUGUUUCUAACCGCCUGACAAACAUGUCGAACGUGUGUCAGGUAACCGUGUGAAAUUAAUCAACAGAAAAGCCAGAAUCUUAGCUACCUGCCACGGAGAGCAAAAAGUGGCCGAUUAAAACCGCGCUUCAUUCUGCGCGAACAGAGUCGUUUUUAAGAGUUGAGAGACACUUUCAAAGUUGUUAAGAAAUCACAAAUUCUGGUCAAUAUUUACAAAAGCGGGUUAGUCAUUAACCGUCCUCGGUUGCAGCAGCUGCACAGAGUCCCACCUCGCACACAGUCAGCGAGCCGCUCGGCCACUCUGCCCGCUUUGCAAUGCUUCGCGUACGGGCAUGGAGAAGCUUGAGUCCCGUGUGCAGAGGAGUUCACCUGUCGGCAUGGAAACGAACCCAGAGCCACACCGCAGCAGCUGCCAGGCUGGACCUCGGCGGUAUUUAUCCGCCCAUUGCCACUCCGUUCACCGCCAAGGAGGACGUGGACUACCAGAAACUGGAGGGAAACCUGCAGAAAUAUGCCAAGAUACCAUUUAAAGGUCUGGUGGUUCAGGGCUCCAACGGGGAGUACCCGUACCUGACGGAGGAGGAACGGGUGGAGGUGGUGAAGACGGUCAGGAGAUCACUGCCCACCGACAAACUGCUGAUGGCCGGAUCAGGCUGUGAAUCCACGAGAGCCACAGUGCAGCUCACGGAGAAGAUGGCGGCAGCCGGAGCCGACGUCGUCCUCGUGGUAACGCCGUGCUUCUAUAAGGGCAAGAUGGACGGCCGCGCUCUGAUCCAGCACUUCACAAAGGUGGCGGACAGCAGCCCGGUGCCGGUGGUUCUGUACAGCGUACCGGCCAACACGGGGCUGGAGCUGCCGCUGGACGCUGUGGUGCAGCUGUCUCAGCACCCAAACAUCCUGGGCCUUAAGGACAGCGGAGGAGAUAUCUCCCGGAUCGGCCUGAUUGUUCACAAAACCAAAACGCAGGAUUUCCAGGUGUUGGCGGGCUCAGCAGGGUUCCUCAUGGCCGCCUAUUGUGUUGGUGCGGUUGGCGGAGUGUGUGCGCUGGCUAACGUUCUGGGCCAGGAGCUGUGCGAGUUGGAGCGUCUGUGCGUGUCCGGUCGCUGGGACGAAGCCAGAGUCCUGCAGCAGCGCCUCAUCGAGCCCAACGCCGCCGUGACCAGGAAGUUGGGAGUCCCCGCCCUCAAGCAGGCAAUGGAGUGGUUUGGUUUCCACGGCGGCGCCUGUCGAUCACCUCUUCAGCCGCUCACAGAGGCCGAGGCUCAGCAGCUGAGGCGGGACUUCUCCUCCAACGGCUGGCUGUGAGGUGACACGGGUGACGGGCAGAGUGUGAGUGUGAGUGUGAGUGUGAGUGUGUGUGUGUGUGUGUGUGUGUGUGUGUGUGUGUGUGUGUGUGUGUGUGUGUGUGUGUGCGUGCGUGCGUGCGUUUAGCAGGUCAGCCCUUACGGGCCAUUGCAUGCAUGUAUGCGGAGUGGAUGUUCCAAAAAUACGCUUCCACUAUAAUCAAUGAAACUGUCAGUGGUGCGCCUGCUCCGCAGAGAUCCGCUCUACAAGGGUAAAAAUAGGACAGUCUUCCAUCUGUAUGUUUUACCCGAGGUGUGUGCGUCCCUUUCACACAGAAAUGGAUCAUAAAGUGUCUAUAUAUACCAAUAUACAGGAAACACCUUGAUGACUGUCAAUGAGCGUAUUGGCAGUUUUAUUUUGAGAGUUUCUGUUUUUUGAUUUCUUGUUUCCUGCCACCUGCGUCCUCUGAUAACAGCUGACAGUAGAUUGACGUUUCACAGCGCUGUGCUGAAGAACCAACAACAAUCCCAAAGCAGAGGCUCCCCCCUCUCGCCUGUGAGGUAUGGCGUGCGUGCGCUGCUGGUGGAGCCAGUUAAAACAUACAUUCCGCGGCACAUCUGCUCCACAUACGGUACGCGUUCAAAUUUAGCCAAAGCGUUCGACCUGUCAGUGUGAUUUGGCAAGGAGGGGGAACACCUAGGAUUGGGCAUGGAGGUUCCAUUUUUAUUUUAAUUCUUUUUUCAAUUUUUAUUGGAAUCGAAAAUUUGGUUUCGAAACCUAUCAUCGGUUCCAAAUUUAACACACAAGUUUGGGUUUUCCGUAGCGGCGGCCGUACUUCCAGCCACGGAGCACAGUAAGCGGCACUCUAGCGUGGCUUUAUUUUACGUUGUUAAAGCCUGUAAAUCACCAUUGAGUCAAAAUAAAAUAAAAUGGUCCUCUUAUCUGAGAAAUAAGCAUGUGACUCGUUUCAACUUCACCCAUCAAAGAAUCGGAAUCGAGAAUCGAUAAGAUCCCGAAUCGAAAGGAAGAAUCAGAAUUGUUAAAAUCAAAACGGUGCCCAACCCUAGGAACGCUGCACGAAAAUAAAUCCGUUGCUGCCCCCUCAUAAAAAUACCAAAAAAUCAACUUAAUUAGGUUCAUAUAUAUCUUUCCAUAUACGUCAUAUACUGGGGGUUUGUUUCUAAAAAUUUCUUACGUCUUACGUUUUCUGUCAUAAAUAAAACCUCAGUCAAAUCAAAGAUUUCCCAAAUGAAUACAACUUAGAUGUUUUUUUUAAUAGGCUCUGCUCAUGUUGCAUUUUAAGUUACAUUUUCUAUUCAUACUUCUUUUUAUUUUACACUAAAAUCACUGUCGUACGGUCAAGUUGCUUCUCUGCUGCCCCUCCCAAUAGUGCAGAUAGAAAAAUUCUGUACAUUGAAAAGUUAGAAAAAUGUUGCAUGUGCACUUGUUUUGACCAAUAAAAUUGCAUUUCACUUCAAUAA